GCAACAGUUUCCUCUUCUCCCACUCUCUCUCCCUCUUUUUGAUCGCGUGAACCGAUAGAUGGCAAACACGAUGAUAUAGUACGCAUGCGCUAGAACAGAGUCGAUACUCGAGUAAAUCGGGCAAACUCGUCUAGUCGGCGUCGCGAAUAGAAAGAGAGGAAGGAAAAUAUUACCUCUUCGGGACUCUCAGAUCGAUAGGAGCCAUCUACAUUCUUAGUGGACAAAAAGUGAAGAAAAAUAGGCAAAUUCUUCAAGAACAGACAGGAAAUUCUCAAAAUUUUCCUCUUAUGCAGUCAUGACUCAUUCCGAGGAUGAAAAAGCAGAACGUUCGAACGCUAUCGUUAAUCGUCUGCACCUUCACUUAUUUGUUAAUUGGAGCCGCCGUUUUCGAUGCUCUGGAGAGCGAAUUCGAGACGGAAGAGAGAAAUAAAUAUUUAGCCGAGGAAUUGGAAUUGAGGGUGAGGUAUAAUAUAACGGAUGAUGAUUUUCGUAAUUUGACCAAGAACGUAAUCAAGUCGGUACCGCAUAAAUCUGGAAUUCAGUGGAAAUUUGCUGGAGCGUUCUAUUUUGCGGUCACUGUAAUUACGACUAUCGGUUAUGGUCAUUCUGCCCCGCAAACUAUUGGAGGGAAAAUAUUUUGCAGUGCUUAUGCCCUGGCCGGAAUACCUCUGACUUUAGUUAUGUUCCAGUCGAUUGGUGAGCGUUUAAACGUUUUUAUAACGUUUCUCAUGAAACAUGGAAAAAAGUGUCUCAAGAUGAAAACAAGUGACGUUUCUCAAACCAAUUUGAUAAUAGUCAGUUUAAAUCUGUGCACAGUCGUUUUAGCCUCCGGCGCCUUUGUAUUUUCCUAUUACGAAGGAUGGAAUUAUCUUAAUAGUUUUUACUAUUGUUUUAUUACGCUGACGACCAUAGGAUUCGGCGAUUACGUAGCCUUACAAAAAGACAAUCUAUUGCAAAAGAAACCAGAGUAUGUGGCUUUCUCCUUAAUCUUUAUACUUUUCGGUUUGGCUGUGGUAAGUGCAGCUAUGAAUCUACUUGUUCUCAGAUUCUUAACAAUGAAUACGGAGGACGAAAGAAGGGAAGAAAUGGAAGCUGCUGCUGCUGCAAGGACAGCAGUAAGACUGGAGGGUGACGUCAUCACAGCUAAUGGAAGCGUGAUUAGCGUACAGCAGGAACGUGUUGCAGAAUAUGUUCCGGAUAACGUUAGUGUUUGUUCGUGUUCAUGCUACAAUAUCAGGGAUGGAUGGUUUAGAAGGAGCUUUAGGAGGAGGUAUACUGUAAGGAGAUCUCCGGGUAAAGUUGUUCAUUUAUUGCCAAUGAUAAAAUUGAAAGAAGACAGGGAUUCAACGGAAUGGAUGAAUAAAUAUUUAAGAGAGAAAAGAGCUUCUGUGUAGAGAGGAAACUGGAAGAAAAAAAGUUGAAGAAACAAACAAACAUAUAACAAACACAACUAUUUUUCCAAUUUCAUCGUUGAUGUUGACUACUGGACUUGUUUUUCUUAGCAGAAAGAUAGAAUUUUUAUGAAACGGCUGCCGAAAAACUCUUUGUAUUAUUUCAACAGUUUUACCACAAAUUAAUGCUGACGUUAGCAAUGAGAUUAAACUAACGAUCUUGUCUAGAGCUGAUAAGAAAUUCGUGAUCAGCGUACUUUUGCUAGCUACUACAUUUACCAUUGAUUUGGGAUAAAAGAAGAAGAUGUCUUUCAUCCCUUCUUUUCCAACUAGGAGAGAGAUUCAAUUCAAAGUUUAAUUCCUCAAGACUCUUCUCUAUUAUUAUUAUCCUUUGAAAGAAGAUAGCUACAAGACGAUACAUGGUACAAUCCAAGUUUUAAUGAAAUGCGAAGUGACGCCAUAUCUACUAAUUAACCACAACGUGAUAGAGGUAAUAAACAGGCUACAAAAAACAUAUAAUGGGAGAAUGUGUGUACAUAUCUCUAUAUAGGUAUACAACGUCUCUAAUCAGUACAUAUACAUGUCUGCAGUUUGUAAGACUAUAUUUGUUUUCAUAUAAAAGCAUAUACAUAUGCCAAAAUAUCUAUAAAUAUGUAUAGGCUUAUGUAUACAUUCAAUUGAGUAAAUGAUAAUAUGUUACUUUUGAUAUGUCUAUACAUCUACAUUCCCCUCAUAUAUACUAUGGAUAUAUGCAAAUCUUUUUGCACUAUAUAUGUAUAGUAUAUUUUCAAAAGUAGAUUAUUUUAGUGUAUAUGUAUUAUUAUACAGUAUAUAAGUGUAUUUACUAUAUUUUAGUCAUGCUAAGAUAAAAUUUUUUUGUUUCCUACUGUACAUACUCUCCUAUUAACUCUACAAACAAGUAAGAUAGCGAAGAAGGAAAACUGUACCUGAUAUAUGCGUUUCUACUCUCAACUCUCUCCCUCUGUUUUGUUUCUAUAUAUCUAUCUCUCCCUCCCUCCUCUCCCAAUUUCUAUAUCUAAAACAUGCAUUAUUGAAGCAAUUAGGUUAGAAUAACUCUUUUUUAACAAAGAAAGACUAUCAGUAAAGAAAGAAGUAUAUAUAUACUAAUAUAUAUACUGUAUAUAAACAAAAGACAAUGUUAACAUAAAAUAUAUAAGAAAGUUUGUCAGUUUCUUGCCUAUUAAUGCAAAACAAAGAUGAAAAAGGAACAAAGGAGAGCAAACUAUGUUAAUAUAUUUAAAUAUAUAUAUAUAUAUAUAUAUAUAUAUCUCCAUUCAGUAUAUAUUUGAAAGAUUCAAUUGAUUUUAAUACUAAAAGAAAAUGUAGGAGAAAUUUUAGUUAUGAGGAAAAAUAGAGAAAUUACGAUAUUUGAUUGAAAUUUAGAAAAAAAGGAUAUAGAUUAUAUACAAUAGUAACUUUAAUAGCUUGUUUAUCAUUAUUAUCCGAUAAAUUGAUGUGCUGAUAGAUUGUUUUUUAAGGUAUGACAAAGUGUUUAUUUUGAGAAUUCUGGCAGCUGCUUUGUAUAGGAAAUGACCAUUAACCAGAAAGUGUUUUUUUUGUUAAGGAAGACUUCUUAAAAGAAAACAACGACUAUUAUUCUUUCUGGUAGCUGAUCUAUCUGUUAAGUGGGUGCUCCUGAUCCAUUUAACGGAAAAAAUUAAGUAGAAGAUAUACAUGAGCCUUUUCUUCAAGAUCAAAGCGUAUUAAUAGCGUGACUCGCAUACGUAUCAAUGAAAUUUAAAUGAUUUAUCAUCAUCAACCGUAAAAUUACGGUGGUAAUAUUUGCUUCGAAAAAAAAGGGGAAAAAUAUGAAGAGAAUUCAAUUAAUUAUGUUUAAUUGAUUUAGGGUAAACGUUAAAAAUAUAUGCAUAAGAUUCUAUGUAUAUAUACACAUAUAUUCAUAUAUUACCUUUUUUACAUUUUCCGUUCAAGUAUGUAUAAGAAAAUCAAACUGUUUCACUUCAUCAACAAACGAGUUUUUGUAUGCCUCUCUUCAAGUUUUUUGUAGGUCUAUUCAUAUAGAAGUAUAGAAACUACAUUGAAAUGUAUUAUAUACUAUGGCUCUUUUAUGAUAUAUACAUCAGUAUAUAUAUAUAUAUGUAUAUAUUAUUCUACUGUAUAUUCAAAUUCUAUAUAGCUCAUUCGUUAUAUCGUGUACAUUUUGUAUAUAAUGUAUAAGAAUCAUUAUAUGUUAUGUAUUUAUAUUAUAUUUAAGACAGUGAAAUCUUUGGUAAAUAUGAAAAGAGUGAAAUGCAAGUGCCGUCUGAUUUGAUUUCAUAUCCUAAGAGAAUCUCUCCUGCUGAAUUUUUGUUCUGUUAAUGCCACUUUUUUUAUGUCACGCUGAGAAUCUUUGUUAAAGAAACAAGAAAAUGAAAAAAUUGGCCAAAACAUGAAAAAAUUAUUAAAGAUAUGAAAAAAAAACAAAAAAUUAAUGAUUUUAUUUGUUUUUUCUUCUUUCUUUUAGUUCUUUUAGGCAAAAACUAGAAAGAUUGAUCUUUCUCUUUUGUCUCUCUCUUCAUUUCUUCUUUUCUUCCCUUCAUUAUUUUUGGUUCUUCAAUUCACGAAUUUUAUUUAUUAUUUGAUAAAUAAU